AUGGUUGAUAUUGAUUAUAAACGGGAAUUAGAAGCCAACCGUGAACGCGUUGAAGACAUCUUCGACUUCGAAGGCUGUAAAGUCGGUCGUGGUACUUAUGGCAGCGUUUUUAAAGCUAAACGCAAAGACGCUAAAGAUGAUCGUGAGUACGCUCUGAAGCAAAUUGAAGGGACGGGUUUAUCUAUGUCGUCUUGCCGAGAAAUUGGGCUUCUUCGAGAGCUGAAACAUCCUAAUGUUAUGACUUUGCAUCGAGUAUUUCUCAAUCACACUACUCGCAAAAUCUGGCUUCUGUUUGACUAUGCUGAGUACGACUUGUGGCAUAUUAUUAAGUUUCAUCGUACUGCAAAGGUUAACAAGACCUCAUUCAACGUGUAUCCGAACAUGGUCAAGAGCUUGAUGUAUCAAAUUCUCAACGGAAUCGAUUACAUUCAUUCAAACUGGGUCCUUCAUCGAGAUUUAAAACCGGCGAAUAUAGUAGUGAUGGGUGAAGGUAGCGAACGUGGUUGCGUCAAGAUCGGUGACCUUGGCUUCUCUCGUCUCUUUUAUCAGCCCCUCAAACCCCUUGCCGAUCUAGACCCGGUUGUGGUAACCUUUUGGUACCGGGCACCCGAGCUACUGUUGGGUGCUAGGCAUUAUACGAAAGCUAUAGAUAUUUGGGCAAUUGGUUGUAUCUUUGCCGAGUUGCUUACCUAUGAGCCGAUAUUCCAUUGCCGGCAGGAGGAUAUUAAAACCAGUACGCCGUAUCACAAGGAGCAGUUAGAACGAAUAUUUCGGGUGAUGGGCUAUCCAACAGGUUCGUGUUUCUUUAUAGAUGAGGUCUGGCCGGAUAUGCGAAAAAUGCCGGAUUAUCCUCAGCUUAUGCGAGACUCAAUAACUCGAAAGGCCUAUGGGAAAUACUACUUGGAGGGGUAUCUUAUGGAAAAGAAGGUCAACAUGGGACGUUAUGAGAUUUCUUUGCUGCAGUCAUUGCUGACUAUAGACCCUCUUCGAAGACCUUCAGCUGAAGAUGCUUUGAAGCACGAUUACUUCAAAAUUGGGGAAAAACCGAACGACGAGUGA